CGGGAGGGGAGGGGAGGGGAGGGAGGCGGCAGCAGCCGCUCGGGGCUUUGGCUGGUCGGUCUCUCGGCGCUGCGAUGGCUCCCCUCGGCUGCGGCCCGGCCUGGUGGCGCCUCCUCGCAUUGGCCGUGCUCGGCCCCGUUCUCUGCAGCCGGUCGGGGCGGGCUGAGCCGGAGCCGAGCCCGGACGCGGGCCCGCCGCCGGCGGCGGAGGCGGACCCGCACAAGCUGCACCUCUACAGCGCGGAGAUGCUGCGGCACGGCGCCGCCGCCGCCCCCCACUUCGUCAUGUUCUUCGCCCCGUGGUGCGGUCAUUGUCAGCGUCUCCAGCCAACUUGGAAUGAUUUGGGAGAUAAAUACAACAACAUGGAAAACCCACAGGUCUAUGUUGUUAAAGUGGAUUGUACUACAGAUACUCCACUGUGCUCUGAAUUUGGCGUCCGAGCAUACCCUACCCUAAAGCUGCUUAAACCAGGACAAGAACCUCUGAAAUACCAAGGCCCUAGGGACUUCCAGGCACUGGAAAACUGGAUGUUGGAGAAACUAAAUGAGGAACCAUCUGAUCCAGAAUCUGAUGUGGAACCACCAAAAGCCCUUGAACCUAAGCAGGGAAUGUAUGAACUCUCAGCAGACAAUUUCAAGAUGCACAUAGCAGAAGGUAAUCACUUUAUAAAAUUCUUUGCCCCUUGGUGUGGGCAUUGCAAGGCUUUGGCCCCAACCUGGGAACAGCUGGCUCAAGCCUUUGAGCAUUCGGAAACUGUCAAGAUUGGCAAGGUGGACUGUACCCAGCAUUACAAAGUCUGCUCUGAAACCCAAGUUCGUGGCUAUCCCACGCUUCUGUGGUUUAGGAAUGGUGAAAAGGGUGACCAGUACAAAGGGAAGAGGGACUUCGAUUCCUUAAAGGAAUAUGUGGAUUCCCAACUACAGAGCUCUGGGAAAGAGCCACCAGCAGAUAAACCCGCUGAAGCCCCACAGCCACCUGCAGAACCCACCCGUGUUGAGGCUGCAGUGCUUUCUCUCUCCGAAAAAGACUUUGAUGCAACCAUUGCUAGGGGGAUCACCUUUAUUAAAUUCUAUGCUCCAUGGUGUGGUCACUGUAAGAACUUGGCUCCAACUUGGGAGAACCUUGCCAAAGAGCAAUUUCCAGGUUUGACUGAUGUCAAAAUAGCAGAAGUAGACUGCACUGUGGAACGUAACGUCUGCAACAGAUUUUCUGUACGUGGUUAUCCUACGCUUCUGCUUUUCCGGGGUGGAAAGAAAGUCAGUGAACACAAUGGAACGAGAGACCUUGAAUCACUGCAUAGCUUUGUCUUGCGUCAGGCAAGGGAUGAAUUGUAAUAAAAGUCUGGAUGCUCCGUCCCUGGCUGUCUUUGUACAGUAGCUGAGGGAUUUCAAUCAUUGUUACUUUUCAAAUAGUGCAUUGGGGGGGGGUGGGGAUUGGGGUGUGUGUUUGUUUAUUUUUAGGAAAUUGAAUGUACUUAACAUUGGUAUCGUCCCUCUGUGUGUGUGUUAAAGACAUGCCACCCUGUGUGUGAAGGAAAACUAACAAGUAGUUACUGUGCAAAUUGAGAAUAUUUUCAGCAUUGGUAGUAUUACUGCAUUGCUGCGUUCCCGCAAUGAAGUGUAAAUGGUUUCCUUUGAGACUAAAAUACAUUAAGAAAACCAGCUUAAGGGCACCAGUAGAAUAUUUUUGUCUUCAGGUUAGAUUUGGUUAAAAAGUAAUCCUUUCAAACUGCCCACCAUUACUAGAAAGGUAAAAGCUACAGCUGUGUUGAGUCACUUUUGCCUCUACAACUGUACUUAAACCCUAUUUGCCUUAAUAUAGCUGCUGGUUAGGAAAUGGAAAGUCAUAGGAGGUUGAAAAAACACACACACCUUUGGAAGAUACCAGGCCACCUUGAGCUGGUUGUUUCCUGUUAAUCCUCUCGGCAUGGGAGGUCUAGCCAUAACGGACGUGAUGGUACUGUAACAUGUGCCUGAACAUUACCGAUGCCAUAGUGUACGUGUGUCAGGUGGAUUUUUGUAGGCUGCUUCUGUCCAGCUCCAGAGGAGUAACUAUGCUCUACUUAUAUAGAGCCAAAGUGAACAGGCGCUAUUUUAACUGCUCUGUUAAUAUUAAACGAUAAGUUAGACUUCAGA